CAGAUUCAAAAGUACUUGAACCAGAGAAAAGUCAUGCUAAACUUUACUGUUGAAAACGCUACUUUGAUAAACAAUCUGACGGUGUAUUAUGAGCAAAAUACAACAAUAAAUGGCAACGCAACACUGGAAGCACUGAAAAACUUCACGCAGAAUACUUCAUCAAUUGACACUAUUAAUUACUUUUUUACUUCCACACAAGUAUGGGAGAACAGUACAUAUCGUGCGGAUGACAUCUUCACGCCAGAUACAUUUUGCACCAAGAAUGUCACUGCGACAGUCAUAUUUACACUUCUUGACCCUCGGUUUUACUUGACCGCUUUAAAAGAGACAAUAUUCAUGCUUGGUUCGCGUAGAACGCAAAGAUUUCGUCCAGAAGAUUACAUCAAAAUGAACCAGACCUUUUGGAAAUGCUAUCAAAACAACACUAUGGAAGUGAACUAAGGACACAGGAACUACAGUGUAGAAGGUUAUUACUGGAUAAAAGCACAAGCUUUUGUGUCUAGAAAUGCUUCUACAUGCAACAAAUAAAACAAUAGUUCAUAAGGAA